CAAUGCAUUGACAUCACUGCGUCCUCCGUUGCUAGGUUGUCCUUCCGGAAGGACCCUAAAAAUAUCUCGAAUAGUUUUUGAAAGUAUUUAAUUUUCAAAGUAUCAAUUUGGGUUUGACGUUUUAUGUGGUUUUCCUAUGCAUUGACCGUCACAAAAAAUAUUUUUCAGUUUAGUUUUUCACCACCGACGUGGGCGUUGCCGUCUUCACUUUCAUGGAUCAAACUCAAUCCGUUAGCAAGAAUAACACAGCUAGCUAGCAUGGAAGUAGCAGACAGUCGUUAGCUUUGGCUAAAUGCUAUCCUGACAAAUGGUCCCGCCGUGAGCUUAGCAGACAACAGCCGGGUGAGUCUGCGGCCUUGACGGGAUGAUGGCCGCUCAUCCUCUGCUGCAGUCCGGGAAGGACUCUGCAUCCUGCUAACGGGGCCGUCCCGUCCAGCGGAGGCUAAUGACCGGCUGUUUCCUGACGUCGAUUUGCAGAGGGUGGAACCAUGGCCGGUAGGGUGAAGUGGGUGACAGAUAUUGAAAAAUCGGUGCUCAUCAACAACUUUGAAAAAAGGGAAUGGGUUCAAGUGACAGAAAACGAAGACUGGAAUUUCUACUGGAUGAGCAUCCAGACCAUCAGGAACGUUUUCAGCGUAGACACCGGUUACCGACUGUCAGAUGACCAGAUGGUUAACCACUUUCCUAACCACUAUGAGCUGACUAGAAAAGACCUGAUGAUCAAGAACAUCAAACGCUACCGCAAGGAGCUGGAGAAGGAAAGCAGUCCUCUAGCAGAGAAGGAUGAAAAUGGAAAAUACAUAUAUCUUGAUUUUGUCCCUGUGACGUUUAUGCUUCCCGCUGACUACAACCUAUUUGUAGAGGAGUUUCGCAAGAACCCCUCCAGCACCUGGAUCAUGAAGCCUUGUGGAAAGGCCCAAGGGAAAGGCAUCUUCCUCAUUAAUAAACUGUCCCAGAUUAAAAAGUGGUCGCGGGACAGUCGUACUUCAACGUUUGUAGCGGCAUCCAGUGGGAAAGAGGCGUAUGUCAUCUCUCUUUAUAUCGACAACCCUCUGUUAAUUGGAGGAAAGAAGUUUGACCUCCGUCUCUACGUCCUGGUGACAACAUACCGGCCCCUGAAAUGCUAUAUGUACAAGCUGGGCUUCUGCAGGUUCUGCACAGUAAAGUACACGCCCAGCACCAGUGAACUGGACAACAUGUUUGUUCAUCUCACUAAUGUGGCCAUCCAGAAGCAUGGGGACGACUACAACCACGUUCAUGGAGGGAAAUGGACCGUCAGUAACCUGCGUUUGUACUUGGAAAGCACCAGAGGCAAGGAGGUGACCAAUCGACUCUUCGAUCAAAUCCACUGGAUAGUUGUGCAGUCUCUCAAGGCUGUUGCUCCGGUGAUGAACAACGACAAACACUGUUUUGAGUGCUACGGAUAUGACAUCAUUAUAGAUGACAAGUUGAAGCCGUGGCUUAUUGAGGUCAAUGCUUCUCCCUCGUUGACCUCCAGCACAGCUAAUGACCGCAUCCUCAAGUACAACCUCAUCAACGACACCCUCAACAUUGUUACCCCCAACGGCGACAUCCCAGACUGCCGCUGGAAUCGCAGCCCUCCCAGAGAAGCCAUGGGAAACUAUCAAGUCUUAUAUGACGAGGAGCAGGCUCAGAACGAGAAUGCGGAGCGCGAUCUGCGGAGCCGCUCGGGGCCGUCGCUGGGGUCAAAAGGCAUUAAGGGGAGUGCAGCCGUUCGUCCCACUGCUGCGACGUGGAAAUGAGGUUCUUAUGACUUACUGACUGAAGACUGAAGACGGCAAAUAAAAUAAGGACCAAUCUGGAUUUGUUUAUAUUUGACCAAUUUAAAGACAAAGGAAUAAACAAAGCUGCCAUCAGCAGAAAAGGAACUAUCCACAUAUUUUGUUUUUGUUUUUUUGACUCUUUGCAUUUUCUUAAUGAAAUCAUAACAUGUUGAUGGCAAUAAGAGACGAGUUAAGUAAAAUACAAACCCAUGCUAAAGUAUAAAGAUUCUCAUUCAUUAGACUCAUUCAUUAAGAGAAAAAAGUGGAUCAGCUUUUUGGUCGGAAUGUAAAAAGAUGGCAAUACCAAAAAAUAGAAUAGUAUGAUGGCUAAUUAGCAGGAUUAGCUGGAUUCCAUGUGCAAAAACUCCAAAAUGAUAUUAAGAAUACCUUUUGUGUUGUUUUUUACAGUACGUGUAUGCAAAAGCCUUUUAGCAGUUACUACAUUCUGUGUUGACUUUGGCUUUUUUUUUGGUCCAAUAAGUCAAGUUCUAAAACACAACUCCCGCAUUAACAAUCAGUUUUGGUGAAACUAAAGUAGGGCUAAAUGGUAUGACAGGAAAGGGAUAAGCAUAUAUUAAUAUUAUAUAUUAAUGGCUGCAUUUAAACUACAAAUUUAGUGUUUUCAGAUUAGAUUUUGAGAUAUAUUUGUCAGUAAUUUUUUCUUAAAAGAAAUACUAAAAAUCAGUAAAUGUCUUUAUCUGUAUUGCAGAACCAGAGACAGAAUUUUGAUUCAAAUUUACCCAAAACUUGCGGCCAAAGGAAAGCGUUACAGUUAAGAAAAUUAGUUAAAAAAAAAAAGAAGGUAAUUCAGCCCUACGUUGAUUAAAAAAACAUUUUGAUUCCUGGGAUUAUAAGAUGCUUUGAUUGUUAAUAAGCUUUAAAGUUUGCUUAUUUCCUGAUUUCAAAUAAAGCACAAGCACAAUUCCAAGGAUUAUGUAACAACAUGUUCAUAAUUUUUUUUUCCGUUUACGCUCUUGACUGCAGUACAGCGGAAAGCGGGAUUAGAUUAAAGAAAGACAACCUCCGUACGCUAUAUUUGUUACUAUGGAAGCCAAAUCUGCUUCUUGACACUAACAGCUUAGCUCCUUCUUAGUGCCCCGCUGCGCUUUUGUUGUGUCCCCCGGUGCUCAUAAAGCUGGUUACUGCAAGCAGAGCUUAUGAAGCUGUUAAAGGCCAGAAAUCCCCCAAAUCACAUGAGUAUUAAAAGAGCACAUCCACCUGUGCGGCCACAUUGUGAGCGAGUGGAAAACCUGUCAGUCAGAGGAAGUGAGUAAACCUGUGACUAACUCCCCAAUUCGGACUUUCUUGUGGUCACAGUGUUUUUUUAACCUUAACUGUUAUCAUUACAAGUCCCUUUUACAUACUUUUCCCCAAAAUUUCAUAAUAAACUUUGUAACUGAGGAAAAUAUUUAAGUCGAUAUUACUAAAAAUUUGUGGGGGAUUUUAACUUUAUGUUUACAUUUCAGGUUUAAUUGAAACAGAAUAAACUGUAUAGACAUCUGCAGAAAUAAAAAUGUUAAUAAAAAAAGUGUAUGUUGUCCGGGAAAAAAAAUCUUUAAAUUAACUUUUGUUCUCAGGAAUUGUUUUAUCCAUGUUAUCACUUCAGCAUGUAAUUACAGCCUGUACUUUUUGCCUGAGGAUUUGUGCAUGGGGAAACUGUUUUGGAAACCAACUUGCAACUAAUGAUGUGCCUCGAUUGUUAUGAUUUUUCAACCUUUUUAUGAAGUGUGACAUCAAUGACCUCUGUU